AAGCCGCUAAAGAAAAAAUUAUUUAUCAAUUCAGCAGAGUGAAAAAAGAGGAGUGAUGACAAAGGAAAUAAAUUUGGCUUGCAUUAGGAGUGAUCUAGAAAAUUUUGAGGUAAUGAAGGUGUCUUAUGAAUUGGCCUUGAGAAAUGAGUGCGAAAGCAUUAAAACACUGUAUCAAACCAAACGUUGUGCUUUAUUCCAUACCAUCACUCCUUGCGAAGAUACCGUUUUCCACAUUGCAGCAUACUUGGGGAGCACUGAACUGCUCUACGUCCUCUUCGAAAUGGUUCCGAUGUCUAGAACAUGGGAGGUGUUGACGAUGAAGAACAUGCAUGGCAACACCCUUCUCCAUGAGGCAGCCACCAAUGACAAAGUUGAUGCAGCAAAAUUCUUGAUUGAGAAAGCACAUGGAGAACGAGUGACGAUGCUGAUGGAACAAAAUCAGUUAGGGGAAACGCCGCUAUACAGAGCUGCGGCGUUUGGUACUAAAGAAAUAGUGGAGUACUUGGCAAAUGAGGUGGAGAAGGAAGAGGGAGCUCUGCAAACUAACUUCACAAGAAGCUCUGAUAAUCUCUCCAUUCUUCAUAUUGCUAUCAUGAAUGAACAAUUCGAGACAGCGAGGUGGUUACUAGAUAAAGAUCCAGAUCUGGCAAUGAAGGAGAAUUAUGAGAAGACAUGUCUUCAUGUUCUAGCAACCAUGUCGACUGCUUUCAAAAGUUCUUCUGGAAAAAUGUCUGGAUUUAAGGAGAUUAUGUAUGGAAUGAUUCCAGGUGACUUAGUCCACAGAGAUAAAACUGAUCAGUAUGUACCAAGUCAGUCCUGCGAGGAUAUGAAAGACCAUCAACCAAAGACAAGUUUAAGCAUGCACUGUUGUUGUUUUUUUAUUCAUUUUUGGAUUCGUUUUUGGAUGUUUCUUGAAGAAUGGGAUUAUAUUAAAGAAAUAAGGAAAACGAAGAGGAAGCAUGAGUUGGCAGGUAAAUUGGCUGAUUCGCUGGUAAAGAAUGAUUCUUCCUCGUGGCGUAAGCGCCAUGAGCACAACACCAAUAUUUGCCUUCCAAGAGAGAAAGAAACAGUUGGCGGAAAAGAGAGUGAGGCGUCGUCCCAAACCGAAGGUAUUGCCACUACCAUGGUGCCACAGUUAGAAACUCCGUUGAUUAUUGCCGCCAGCACAGGGAUUUUGGAGAUCGUGAAGAAGAUUCACAAAGAGUAUCCUCAAGCGCUAGAGCACGUGAACGAGAAUGGACAGAAUAUUCUACACGUAGCCAUUCUACAUCGUCAAUACGAUGUCUUUGAACAUGUCAAGAACGAGAGUGAGAAGGAUAGAGGAGUGGUGAAAAGGAGGCUGGUUUUAGGAAUCGACAACGACGGUGACACCAUUCUGCACAAAGCCGCUCGUAGCGAAUACUACAGCGGAGGAACCAAAUCAACAGCGGCUCUCAAAUUGCAAGAGGAGCUGAAAUGGUUCCAAAAAGUGGAAAAGAUGGUUCCUGCUCAUUACACAAUCCACCGCAACAAGAAAAAUAAGACCGCAAAGGAGCUGUUCAAAGACCAGCACAAAGAUCAACUCAAAGACGCACAAGAACCUGUCAGUCCUGCUCCGCCGUGGCAGUCCUAGUGGCCACGGUUGUCUUCGCUGCCGCCUUCACCGCCCCAGGUGGUUUCAAUGAUUUUGGGAGUCCAAUCUUUGAAGAGAAGCCUCUAUACUCUUUUUUCACCGUGAUGGACGUCGCUGGACUGGCAAGCUCAUUGACGUCAGUGGUGAUCUUCCUUUCUGUGCUCACAUCGUCGAUCAGGAAGAUUUUCAAAGUACCAUACCCCGAAAACUGUCGUUUGGCUUCACCUUUCUGUUCUUCGCCAUUGCAAACACCGUGCUUUCCUUCACAGCCGCCGUUAUCCUCACCGUUCAUUUGAAAAAGGCAUGGACUACGUCUCUGACCUACGCUGCUGCAUUCCUUCCAGUCAGCGUCUAUGCGAUUGUGCAGUUCGGUUUGUACAUCGAAUUUUUGAAGAGUGCUGUCAACAGUAUUUAUGAGUUUGUGAAGAAGUUUCUUCCAGGUUGAGGUUUCUUUUUUCUUAUAUAUCUGAAAAUUAUCUGCAUAAUUAAUGCUAUGCACAUAUUCGUUUUUGCAGUACUAUUGGUGAAUAAUGUAUUUGAUUAAGGUUUGUGUUUAUUGGUUUUUUGAAAAUACGUGCCAUGUAAUGGAGACUGUCGAAGAAGUUUGAGUGUCUAUAUAUAGACAUAUGUAUAUGUAAUGAGAAUAUUCUGAGUGUAUAGAAUAUUUAUAAUAAAUAUGCUGUGUGAAUGAGAUCUGAAUUGGUAUAUUUGAACACCCCCUUGAACUCAAGGUAGUUGGGAGAAGACCAACUUAAGUUUGUCAAGAAGAGGGUGGAAAUGUCUUGGAAUAUUAGUUUUACUGAAAAGAUCAGCUAGCUGAUCAGUAGAGUCAAUGAAGAUCAAAUGAACUA